AUGGUUGUUCAGCAAGAGCGGGUGCAAACUAUGACACGAACCAAGGAAGAAAGAGGCAAUCCUAUGAGUUUUGCAAUUCGAGCAGGUAGUCGAAAUUCAGGGGGGGAUAAAGAAAAAUCCUCAAUUUGUUCUAAUUGCAACCAAGAGGGACAUGAUGCUGAAAGUUGUUUCCAACUAAUAGGUUAUCCAGAAUGGUGGGGUAAUAGACCACGUGGAACUUCUGCUGGACGAGGAGGUGGUCAAAAGCGUGGCAAUGGAGCAGGACGUAGCAAGGGAGGAGUUGCUCGUGCCAACGCCACACAAGCAACUGGAGUUGAUGGUGGGCGUGGAAUUGUGACAGAUUCAGAUCGAAAGGGUCUUAGUGGAUUAAAUGAAGAGCAGUGGGCUACUUUGCUGGGCAUGUUGAAUUCUUGUCAGAAUGGUGGCAAUGAGAGGCUGACAGGACCUAAAUUCGAGGAACCUGAUUGGAGCGGGUGAGCAACGCGAGGGGCUGUACUUUCUCAAGGGAGUGACAUCGGUACAUGCUUGCAAGGUAACUGAUGUGGGGUCUUUUGAGCUUUGGCAUAAGAGAAUGGGUCAUCCUUCUUAUAAGGUGGUAGAGUUAAUUCCAGAAGCUGGUAGCAUAGUUAGGAAAACUAAUAAAACUUGUGAAGUUUGUUUUAGAGCAAAGCAAACAAGAGAGAUUUUCUUUUCUAGUGACAAUAAAGCUGAUGGUUAUUUUGAAUUGAUACAUUGUGAUUUAUGGGGACCUUAUAGAGUCCCAACUUCUUGUGGAGCAAUUUACUUCUUAACAAUUGUUGAUGAUUACUCUCGUGCUAUUUGGAUAUAUUUGCUGAAUGGAAAACAAGAAGUAGCUUGUGUUC